CUAGCAUGUCAUCUCUAGUGAUAUAUAACUCAUCGGUCUCGCCGACGAUGCAGGCGAGGUGCUGGGUGAUCUUAAACACACUUCAUGGUUAAGGAAAACCCCGACUUCCUGUUUUGGUUCAGUCUCGCUGCAGCUCAGCAUUCGCCUUCCUCUCGGGCGCAUUUUCUAAAUACGUGCGAAUAACAUCAGCCUUAGCAAAACAGAAAGACUAAAGAUACGGAUAUGGAUAUGGAUCCAAUUGGCCAUUGCUAUAACGUCAUGCCGUACAGUUGCUGAUGAGGGGCGGGUCGUUGACCGAGUCGGGGGAAAGAGCAGGAAGGUGAAAAUCAAGCUGAUGAUGGUUAGUAUGCAGCCUUCAGCAGUCCACUCUACCCAUCAAAUAAUGGCCAUGCCCUGAAGGUGUAGGGAGUCCGGUGGCAGUUUGAGGUCACCUCUUACCUUGGUGAAGGAUGAAGAGUCCAGUGCACAGGUGCAGGGAUGUGGAUCAUGGACUUGGGCAGACCGGGACUGUGGCAGUGUCCGAGUGCCAGCAGACUGAACAACGCAUCCCUGUUUCCAAAGAUGUUAUCACUUCAUCGUCCACCUCUGGCUUGUGGUUCAUCAAAGAUACCUGUGGCAUCGUGUGUGCCAUCGUCACAUGGCUUCUAAUUUUUUACGCAGAGUUUGUAGUGGUGUUUGUGAUGUUGCUGCCCUCCAAGAAUCUGAUCUACAGUAUUGUUAACGGGACACUAUUCAACAGCCUGGCCUUUUUGGCCCUCGCCUCUCACCUCAGGGCCAUGUGCACAGACCCUGGGGCAGUGCCAAAAGGGAAUGCCACUAAGGAGUACAUAGAAAGCCUUCAGCUAAAACCAGGACAGGUGGUCUACAAAUGUCCUAAAUGCUGCAGCAUCAAGCCUGACCGAGCACACCACUGCAGUGUGUGCAGGAGGUGCAUACGGAAGAUGGACCAUCACUGUCCUUGGGUCAAUAACUGUGUUGGGGAGAACAACCAAAAGUACUUUGUGCUUUUCACAAUGUACAUUGCACUCAUCUCUCUCCAUGCUUUGAUAAUGGUGGUCUUCCAUUUCCUCUACUGCUUUGAAGAUGACUGGACAAAGUGCAGUACCUUCUCUCCUCCAGCAACAGUCAUCCUCCUCAUACUCCUGUGCUUUGAGGGCCUCCUCUUCCUCAUCUUCACCUCUGUGAUGUUCGGCACACAAGUCCACUCCAUCUGUACCGAUGAGACUGGCAUAGAGCAGUUGAAAAAGGAAGAGAGAAGAUGGGCUAAAAAAACUAAGUGGAUGAACAUGAGGGCGGUAUUUGGACACCAUUUCUCCUUUUUGUGGUUUAGCCCCUUCUCUACCCCUGACCAUGGGAAGGCUGAGACCUACCAGUAUGUGGUGUGAGAGUUUCAGCUCCCCUCCAGGACUUUCACUGUACCCUCACACAGGCUAUGAACAGCUUCUGCUGUCCUUCUCUGUUCAUUCUUCUGUUGCCUUUAGUCAGUCAAGUUGCAGAGAAAAAGACUGGAUCUGCCCCUUUGUGGUUUCUGUCUCUUGUGUUCAGAGAACUUCUGUUCUUUGUGGACUUUAUUAAGGAUGUUAUAUCAUGCCAGUCUUUCUGCAGAAAUAUUGAUUUUUCACCUGACAGUCAACUCAAGAAGCUGAUAAAAAUGAGUUUGUUUUCACUAAAACCAGCCCUGCUUAUGCUAAUGCCCAGUGAAAUUGUCUUAAAAUAAACAUCUUCACUGGGUCACAAUCUAUAGAACAAGGCAGCAAAAAUAUUUAUACACUGCCUUUCAUCACCAGCUAGCUUAGUUAGACUAUCGACUACACUUUUCUUGUUGUGAGAAAUGCUUUAAAGCCUGUACGCUGCAGUAAAAUGUUCCCUGUGCAACAUCUCAAUGGAUGCGACAGCAUUGCUGUCUAACUAAGCAACUAGAAAAACAGACUUGGAUGACGGCCGUCUUUGAUCAAAAUCUUUUGUUUUUUUGUCUUCAGACCACACUCAGAGCGGGAAUGUGUGCCUGUCAGAGAUCAGGCAGUAGAAAAUUUUGGCUUCAAGACAACCUCUGCAGAUAAUACAGUUCUGUUGGUAGCUUGUAAUUUGCACCAUGAAGUUAUAUCAGAGAAUACAGCUCCACUUUGAAUACUUUCUUCUGCUUUGCUCAAAUAUUUGCAAGCAUCAAAAAACUCACCUUGGGCUGAUACUUCUCCAAACUUGCCAAGUGCGUUGCUGCUGGUGGUUAAAAAUUGAGAGAUUCUAGAUGAGAAGUUAUAACUGAGUCUUUUGUGCUUUUAAAAGUUCAAAUGCUAAACUCAGCUUUUCCUUUUGGUGAAUUCUGUUUUUUCUUUUACACAUUUAAAUUUAUUAAUACAUUGUGGGGUUUCCAAAUAAUUAGAUAACUCCUGAUUCCCUUAAAGGGCCUAUGCCAUGCAAAAUAUACAUUUUAAGCUUUUAAGUGUAUUAUGAUGUUCAUUCUUCACUAUAAACAACCCCUAAGGGUUUUUUUUCUGAUCCUUUCUCACAUUUCUGAGCAUUCUAUUAAAAACAUAAUGUUUCCAUGUUUGGGUUCAUGGGAUCUUCCAGAGAUUCUCCAGGUACGGUGAACUACACUCCUGCUGCGAGAGGUGUGUCUGAAUGACAGCUGCUUCCGCAGUCUUUCCGUCUCUCUCUGACCUAGUUUGAAGGCUUCCUGUCCUGCAUUAGUCUGAAAAGGCAAAAAUACACCAAAAUAAAAUUAAGGCACCUUCACCCAACGGUAGCCGGGACGGGCUCCGGAAACCCUGCUUCCCCAAAAGCCAUACAGCAGGUUAA